ACUAAUGGCCUCACAGAGCGAUUCAAUCAGACAAUCUGUCGUUCUCUCAGCAAGUUAGUGAAUGAAGCACACAAUGAUUGGGAUACAAAGCUAGACACUAUUCUGUUUGCAUACCGAGUGUCGAAACACCGAUCAACCGGCUAUUCGCCAUUCUUCAUGAUGUUUCAUCGUGAAGCUCGGCUGCCUAUAGAAGCAGAUGUAGAGCAAAACGAAACAGUGACCAGUGAAGAUAUAGAUACAGAGACAACUGCAGAUGCUUUUAUUGAGAAAAUGCUCAAGAGGCAAGAAGAUAUAAAGAGCAUAGCUGGUGAAAACAUAAAAAAAUCUCAAAAAAAGCAAAAGGAGUGCUAUGAUAAACGGCAUUCACCAGAGGAACUGCAACCUGGAAUCAAGGUUUUGGUUGAGAACACCCAACAAAAGGAGAGGAAAGGUGGAAAGCUCGAAAACAAGUAUAGUGGACCAUACAUUAUUAAGACCUCAGAUGGAAAGGGUGUCUAUACCCUUAAGGACUUGGAUGGGAAGGUGUUAAAAAAGAAAUGUAAUAUCAAACGUCUCAAGGCUUAUAUGGAUCCUUCUUCAUUGGUUGAACAAAAAGCUCUCAGUGGCCAAACUCCACCGGAUAAAUCCAAUGGCUCUACCCCACCAGAGAAAUCCAAUGGCCCUACCCCACCAGAGAAAUCCAAUGGCCCCACCUCACCAGAAGAUCCAAAUGGCCCCACCCCACCGAAGAAAUCCAAUGGCCCCACCCCACCAGAAGAUCCAAAUGGCCCCACCCCACCGGAGAAAUCCAAUGGCCCCACCCCACCAGAAGAUCCAAAUGGCCCCACCCCACCGGAGAAAUCCGAUGGUCCCACCCCACCAGAAUAUAUGGACAUGGACCUGUGGUGACUCAUUUGCAACCAAUUGAUGAUGUCCCCUUAGAUCGUCCACCACCACCUAAGAGACGAAAGUCUAAUCAGUCUGUACCUAAGAGUCAAAAGACCAGGUAUGCUGGGAGUCUCUGGAUACCUGACUUAGAUCUACGUUACAGGGAUAGGGCAGUUGUAAAGAGAGGAAAACUAUGUGACAAGCAUAUGUAUGCUGCCCAUGAAGUGCUGAGGUAUGCGUUCCCUCAUCUGCAUGGUCUUCAAUCGACAUUACUUACUCAAAAAGAGUUUAAAGCAAUGCAAUGUCAUGACUCUGUUGUAAGAGCCGUUCAGAUACUAUUUGUUGAGGAAAGAGAGCACUGGGUUGUUUCCAGCCUCACCAAUGGAAAACUGAGACUAUACGACAGCUGUUCAACUGGAGAAUUAACCUCAGUCUUCAAGUACAGCUAGCUCAAAUAUAUGGCAAUCAAUUUGCGGUAAACAACAAACUCAAAGUUUACAUUGAGCCUGUACAGAAGCAAGAAGGAGAAAUGGACUGUGGUGUUUUAAGCAUUGCAAAUGCAUACAAUGCUGCACAGGCGAAGAGUACAAAAGAUGUAACGUAUGACUCACAACAAAUGCGUUCACACAUUCAGCACUGUUUUGAAGCUAAAACGUUCAGCACUUUUCCUCAAUCUAAAAAUUCGGCAGCAAUCAACAGAUGUGAUCCCAAACAGAUAACCAUCGAGCUGUACUGCACUUGUGGUCUUCCAGAGACAUAUGAUAGCCGAAUG